AUGCUAUGAACAUAACAUAACAAUCAGACAUAAUAUAAUAUAAAUAAAAAUUUGGGGUAAUUUCUUUUAAAAACUAACUAAAUGGAGAACACAAGUGAGCAGCAAGGGGAAAAUAAGGAUAAGGAACCAACACAACAUAUUUGUAUAUAUUUGCAGAAUCUGCGUGAGAGACUAAAGCUAACGGUAAAGCAGCACAGCGAAAUGAUUCAGACAUCCAUAAAUAUUAUAAAGGAAAUUGAGGAGGUAUCCAAAAUGCUGACCUUUACCAAAAGCGGCCCAGAUCAGCAGUCAUCCAAAAUUAGGCAUUUAAUACAAGAGUUUGAGGGCUUUAGGGACAUAACCAUAAACACGGGGGAUGGCAGUCCGCGUUUGAGCUUGAGCGAUGUUAUGGAUAUACGUGGUCUGCUGUCAGACUUUGAGCGUCUCAAAGAGAGUCAAGCGUUGCGUGAUAGCUUAAUAAGCUUCAAGCGUGCCAAGGACUCACUGGAGAAGGUGGAGUCGCUCAUCAGUCAGUUUAGCACAAAUAAUGUGCCAGAGCCGCAACGUAGCGCCACACAAUGCAGCAUGCCACUGAGCAUUUCCAGCAGCAGCGCCAAUCGCAGCUUACGCGAACGCAUACAGGCCUUUAAUAAGGCCACCGAGCAGGGACAGAAUCCGGCUGAACAUUUUAGUUCAUGUUUUAAUAGUCGUUGCAACUGCGAGGCUAACGCUGUUAAUGAGGUAAAGCCUCUAGCUGCGCCCACAUCGUCGCGCACAUUCUCCGGCUAUGAGGGGGAUGUGGACAGUGAGGCCGAGCAGCGUAGUAGCUUCAAAGGGCAGUAAAUGUUUAUAUAUAAAUUUAUGUUUUCAAAUUGCUCAAGUAUGCGCACAAGGUUUACGAAAAAAGUUUUGACUUAUGCUUUUAUUAUUGUAACUACAAAAAAAUUUCAAAUAUUAUACUAAACUACAAGUAAAAAUAAUAAUAACUUAAAAUAAAAGCCAUUAGCUUCAGCACUGUGAAGUUGCUGCAUUAAAA